AUGGGUGACAUAUGUGUGGUCGAACAGCCAGAAACAGAAAUCCAUCUAGAAGAGAUGACAGCACUAUCUAGAAGUGAAGAUAUAACAACGAAGAUGUCAACGAUGUUAAACAAUAGCACGGGGGAGUCGACCAUCAACAAUAGCAAUUCAACUGCAGUUAUGAAUAUGAACGGUAGGAUAUUAGAACGUAAUGAACCACCGUAUAAUAUCUUAAGUACAGCAGGGCUAAUUAACACCUCGGGCAAUAUCACAACAAAUGCAUCGGUUGCUAAUCCAGCUGAAUCUAACAAUGCAAUAGGGUCGAUUAGUGUGAAUGGGGUUCAAGCAAGCAAUAACGAUCGCUUAGUAGGCCACUUCAUUUCAGAAAAUGUUUUCAAUCUUAGCCACAAAGUAUUAAAUGAAACUGAGAUAAGUGUUCUGAGUAAAGGCUUACAGUUUGUUCCAACUACAUUUAAGAUAGAUGAAGAGGACUUAAGGAAAGACUUUAACGAAUUUACCCGUAGAAUGCGUAAUAAAUGGCAUUUCAGAGAUAACGUAACGGCGGACUUCAGUGAAAUUCCGGCAUUUCGUCCGAAAUCCACCUGGACACCACCUAAAGGUUGUCCGUCCUUAGAACUAUUCUUAAGUCAAAUUGAAAAAGAACUGUUUGAGUGUGUACCGCAAAAACUUUGGAAACACAAUCUUAGUAAGAUUGAGUGGCUAGCUUUGAAAACAUUGACUGAAGAUAACAGUAUAAUUAUUAAACCAGCGGAUAAAGGGUCGUGUGUUGUGGUCUGGGAUAGAGAUGACUAUUUAGCAGAAGGUUUUCGCAACUAA